UUCUUGCCUACGAAAUAGGUUACGAACGAAGGGAGGAAAGAUCAUAAGCUUUAUAAAUAGCAAACAAGCUUGUCCUUAAACUAUCAACUAUUUUUGUUUUUCUCCUAUGAAUUAGAAGUGUUUUUCAAGAUUAUACUGUUAUUAUAAAGCAAGCUGGGAUAUUUCAGUUACAUUUCAGGGCUUCUUUAUACAAAUAUAAAGUUAAAGAAGUAAAAAAGCAAAGUUUCUAUAUUCUCUAACAUGGCUGCACCCUUGUCUGCUUGGCCAUGGGAAAUAUUGGGCGUUUUCAAGUAUAUGCUAUAUGGACCGUUCGUGGCUAAAGUUUGGGAUUCAAGAUAUAGAGAAGCUAACCAGAGCAGUUGGUGUCUUCAUAUUCUGAUUAUAUGUUUGCUGAGGGGUAUGAUGUAUCUCUCAUGGAAUGCUUAUAGUCAUAUGCUUUUUCUUACUCGGAAUCGCCUGAUUUUCAAACAAGGAGUUGAUUUUAAGCAGAUAGACAGAGAAUGGAACUGGGAUAAUUUCAUAUUGCUUCAAGCUAUCGUUGCUGCCUUGGUCUUGCAAAUGUUGCCAGUCCACGAGACUCUCCCCGUAUGGAAUCCAAAGGGCAUUAUAGCCAUAAUAUUACUUCAUACAGCGGUUUCUGAGCCCCUCUAUUAUUGCAUUCAUAAAUGGUUUCAUCGAGACUAUCUUUUCAACCAUUACCAUUCAUUGCACCAUUCAUCAGCUGUACCACAGCCCAUCACUGCUGGACAUGGCUCCUUGUUGGAAAAUCUUGUACUGAGUGCAGUAAUUGGAAUUCCAAUACUUGGAUGUUGUAUAAUUGGAUGUGGAUCGAUAAGCUUGAUCUAUGGCUAUGUCCUGAUCUUUGAUUUUCUAAGAUGUUUAGGGCACUCCAACGUUGAAAUUAUUCCCCAUCAGUUAUUUGAAAGGAUCCCAUUUCUUAGAUAUAUAUUCUCUACACCAACAUACCACAGCCUGCAUCACAAAGAACUGGACACCAAUUAUUGCCUUUUCAUGCCUCUCUUUGAUGCAUUAGGAAACACUUUGAACAUCAAAUCAUGGGAGAUGCAUAAGGAAAUUAGUCAAGAUUCAGGUAAAAAUGGAAGAGUCCCAGAUUUUGUAUUUCUGGCUCAUGUUGUAGACAUUUCGGCCGCCAUGCACGUGCCUUUUGUAUUACGAUCAAUAGCGUCUCUUCCCUACACUACAAGAAUUUGCAUGCUACCGUUCUGGCCCAUAGCCUUUGUCACCAUGUUAGUGAUGUGGGCUAAGUCUAAGACUUUCUUGAUCUCAUUCUACAACCUUAGGGAUCGGCUGCACCAAACGUGGGCUGUACCCCGUUUCGGAUUUCAGUAUUUCUUACCGUUUGCUGCACAAGGCAUCAAUAAGCACAUAGAAGAGGCUAUUCUCAGGGCUGAUAGAUUGGGAGUUAAAGUUAUUAGCCUUGCUGCUCUAAAUAAGAACGAGGCACUCAAUGGAGGUGGGAUGUUAUUUGUAGAUAAGCAUCCAAACCUCAAGGUUCGAGUUGUACAUGGUAAUACCUUAACAGCAGCUGUGAUUCUUAAUGAGAUCCCUGAGGAUGUGACUGAAGUAUUUCUGACUGGAGCAACCUCGAAACUCGGAAGAGCAAUUGCUCUUUAUCUUUGCAGAAAAGGAGUUCGAGUUCUGAUGCUUACUCUAUCAACAGAACGAUUUCGAAAGAUUCAGAAAGAAGCACCAGUUGAUUAUCAGAAGUAUUUAGUCCAAGUGACUAAGUACCAAGCGGCCCAAAACUGUAAGACAUGGAUAGUUGGCAAGUGGAUCACACCAAGAGAGCAAAAUUUUGCCCCAGCUAGAACACACUUUCAUCAGUUUGUGGUUCCACCCAUUUUGCAAUUCAGAAGAGACUGCACUUAUGGAGAUCUUGCAGCCAUGAAGCUGCCUGAUGAUGUGAAAGGGCUAGGAUCUUGUGAAUAUACAAUGGACAGAGGAGUAGUUCAUGCAUGCCAUGCUGGUGGAGUUGUCCAUUCAUUAGAAGGCUGGAAUCACGAUGAAGUUGGUGCUAUCGACGUCGAUAGAAUUGAUUUAGUGUGGAAAGCUGCCCUCAAACAUGGUUUGAAGCCAGUCUCAAAAAUAGGUUCAAUAGUUACAAAAUCUAUUUCCUAAGGUAUAAGAUAUAGUCUUGACAAAAUUAUUCGUUGUGUAACAGGGUUAGUAUCGAUUAAAGUCAAUUUAUUUCAAGUUUUCUGAAGGGGAAUAAAAAAAAAAUGCACUAUACAUAUGAUAUGUACAAUUCAUUUUUCUCAUCUAUCUAUUAGAUAUUUGUUAGAUUUAGGUUUUGAAUGAAAAUUGAUUCUUCAUUGA